AUGGGUGUGGAGGAUGACAGAGGGUAUCGGCAAUAUGGCGGCACCGUUCCUGGUGGACUCCAGAGUUCCCGUCUGUCGGGUCUCAUCUUCCGGCUGUUCCUGCAGCAGAUCCUCCGCUGUUUGUCCUCCCGCCUCUUCUCGCGGUACUUCUCGGAGAUUUGCUUGAUUUACGGUCCAUUCUGGGAGGUGAUCAGUGAUGAGCAUGGCAUCGACCCCACUGGCAGUUACCAUGGAGACAGCGACUUGCAGCUGGAGAGAAUCAACGUGUACUACAAUGAGGCUGCUGGUAACAAGUACGUACCUCGGGCCAUCCUGGUGGACCUGGAGCCGGGCACGAUGGACUCAGUGAGGUCGGGCCCGUUUGGUCAGAUCUUCAGGCCAGACAACUUUGUGUUCGGUAUGUCUUCACGGGCCCUGGAGCUGGCCAGGUGACGGGCCUUCCUAACAGCCCUGCACAUCGCAUUCUCAGGGUUCAGGCCGGGGGUACACUGUCCAGGGAAGUCCCGUGCUGGCGAAAGUCACACGCCCACGGGGCCGGGUCCCUGCUCUGCACAGCUCCGAGAUGGGUUUCAGCCUGCAGAGGCUGUGGCAGCCCUGGCUGCGGAGGAUGAAGAGCAGGACACGCCUCCCACAGGCGUCCUAGGCACAGGGGGUUUCCAAGGAGCAGAGAGCACAGGUGACCACUUCAAGGUGCCGGAGCCAGAAGCACAGCUAUGAAAUGCACUUGGACAUAGCCGAGAGCCUGUCCUCCUGCUGGUGCUGUGCCUCGCCUGAUCUCUUAAUUGUACCUAAUUAGAGCAUCUACAGAGUGCUCUGUCCUUCAUUUUAGAGGCAUUUAGGGCUUGUUAAACAUA